AUGCACCAAGCAAGAAUACACAACAGCAUGCCUACAGUUAUAGUAGUCGGGGGUCCCGCAGGAACAGGUAAAACAACCAUUGCAGAACUACUUUCUAAGCAUUAUGAAUGUCCCUUCCUCGAAGGUGAUUCUCUUCACCCUCAAGCCAACGUUGACAAGAUGUCACAAGGUAUUGCAUUAACAGACGAUGAUAGAUGGGGAUGGUUGCAGACAUUAACCGAGCAAGCUUCCUCCAAAGCCAUAUCAAACCCCAAUGGCCAUUUAUGUGUUGUCUCCUGUUCAAUGUUGAAGAAGAUGUAUCGUGACUACAUUAAGCAGACUGCUGAGAGAGUUGCCACAGAUGCCAAAACAACUGUCCAUUUCAGGUUUGUGUUCCUCCAUACAACUUAUGAAGAAUUGCUUCGUAGAGUGAAUGGCCGACAAGGUCAUUACAUGAAACUGGAUAUGGUCCACUCACAGUAUGAAAUUAUGCAAAUCCCCGAGGGCGCAGAAUUGUUAAAGAAUGGUGGUGAGGCACUUGAAGUCGACACCACGGACAAGGACCCUGAAAGGAUAUACAACGAGAUAGUAGUAGAUUUGGAUAAAAGCCAUCCUCAGGAUGACUAA